AUGAAUGGUGGGUAAUGAAGGUGUAGCAAAGAUGGCGGACGGUGGUUCACAGAAGUCUGCUCUCAUAAGAAGACAUGAACAGUUAGAACGAUGGAAAGGAUCUGAAUUAGAUAAAGAACCCGCAAUUAAUCCUAAAAAAACUACAAGAGUAAAGUUUGAUAAAGGCUGUGUUUUUCUUGCAUCAUGUGCGAGUGGAGAUGAAAAAGAAGUGAAGGCUAUGCUGGAUUCUGGGACCGACAUAAACUAUGCAAACAUCGAUGGAUUGACGGCAAUUCACCAGGCUGUAAUAGAUGAAAAAUUAGAUAUGGUAGAAUUUUUAAUUGAAAAUGGUGCUAAUUUAGAAGCAAAAGAUAAUGAAGGCUGGACAGCAUUACACGCUAGUUCAUCUUGUGGAUUUUUAGACAUUACAAAAUAUUUAGUAGAAAAUGGAGCUAAUUUAUCUGCAGUAAAUAGUGAAGGUGAGAUUCCAUUGGAUUUAGCAGAAGAUGAUGAAAUGGAAGAGUACUUGCAAGAAGAAAUUGAUCGACAAGGUCUAGAUGUAGAAGCAGCACGGAAAGAAGAGGAAAGGAAAAUAAUAGAUGAUGCCAACCAGUGGCUUAAUUCCAAAUCUGUCAAAGACAAACCACAUCCAAAAACCGGUGCAACUGCCCUCCAUGUUGCAUCGGCUAAAGGUUACAUCAAAGCAUUAAGUUUAUUACUACAAGCGGGUAUGGACAUUAAUAGUCAGGACAAUGAUGGAUGGACUCCAUUCCAUGCUGCCUCCCACUGGGGUCAAAAAGAGUCAGCGGAACUCCUAGUCGAGAAAAUGUGUGACAUGAAUGCAAGGAAUAAAUUAGGUCAAACAGCUUUUGAUUUAGGAGAUGACCAAAUGGUAAAAUAUUUAGAGGAGCUCAAGAAAAAACAGGCAUCUAUGAAACCAGACAGCAAGAGUAGCACACCAAGGAUAGAGUCGAGACAACCACCACCCCAACUGAGACGUAGGUCAUCAGUGUCUAGGAUGAGUGUGCAAGAACGUAAUCAAACCCUACACCAGGAUAUGCAGAGGGAACGUGAGGCCCUGAAGGAAAAAAUGCAUGGCCAGGAAAAAGAACAAAAGAAGAAGACUUAUGAAUCGUCCAGUUCCAGCGCGAGCGAAUCAGAAAGCUCAGAAGAUGAAGAAAACGUCACGAAUAAGGAAAACACAAAAAAAAUUGGGGCCUCCUCGACGAGAGUAUCCAUGACAAAAGAGGUUCCUGGAUUCACACCGAAACCAUUGAAGAAACAAGAGUCAAGAGACGAGGUGCCGCCAUGGCGACAGGGUCUUAGAAAGACUGGUAGCUCCAGUGCAGUACCAGAGACAAAGAGAAAUGAUGAAAUUGCAGACAGGGUACAACGAUCAGCAUCCAGUCCACGAAUAGCUGGAGAAGAUCGAAAGGAUAAGGAUGAAUCCAGAGCAGUAAGCAAUCGUCUUAGUGGAGGUGGAGGAAGAGCGAUAUCAGGUUCACAGAGUACAUCUGCCAUAUUAGAUAGAUCAAAAACAAAUGAGGAAGGAUCGGUUAGGGAUUAUGACAUCUACAAUCGGCCUGGCAUGUACAGACGGCGCUACCCAGACUACUCCAACACAGAUCAAGACCAAGACCGGUACAAGUACCGUAGCUCCGCCGUGCCGACAAACUCGCCCAUCAUCGAAUCCAAAAAUGCGUUGCCACCCACCACAACUACCACAGCUCCUUUAACCACAGCGUCUACCACAAUAACUACUUCUCCCAGAUCUCCCAGAAGGACGUACAUGAUACCAGCUAAGGAAGAUGAAUCAGAGACGACGAGACGUGCCCGGGCACGGAGAGAACGCUCAUCCAGGAGGUCAACUCAAGGCGUCACAGCCGAAGACCUUGAAGGAGCGGAAAAAUAUGUAGGACAAUGUAACAGUACAGAUUCUCAAAAGAAAGAAAUAGAUAAUAAGGAAAUGCAAAAAGAAAUUGAAUUACCAAGACGGAGACAUGGUGUGUAUACAAAAGUGCAAACCGAAUCUCAGGAUAGUAAGGAUGAAGAGGAAACUAAAGUCGAGACAAAGCCACCUGAACGGUCAGGCACUGCUCGCUCAGCCUCAACAAGCUCUAUUUCAAGGUAUGGUGAUACAUCAUCAGUACUUGAUCGUAGUAGUAGAAACAGUCUACGAGACACAACUUAUUCGUCAUCUAGGGACCGAGUGACCAGUGUACCAUGCCAAAAUUGUAAAAAGCUUUUUGAAGAACAGCAAUCUCAGGUUGAGAAACUAGAGGAGAAACUAAAAAACAAAGAGAAGGAAAUUGCAAAUCAAAAAGUCCAAUUGGAAAGGGCGCAGAGUAAAUCUGAACAUAUAGAAACAAAGAGUUAUGAUCAUGAAAAACGGGAGAAGAGAGCAUUGGAGAGGAAAUUGUCUGAAUUGGAGGAAGAAAUUAAGACGAUUCAUCAACUGAAACAGGAUAAUCAGAGGUUAAAAGAUGAGAAUGGUGCCCUGGUGCGAGUCAUAAGCAAGCUGUCAAAAUAACCACCAACUGUAAAGUUUCUUGAGAAAAAAAAAGACUUGAUAAUUUCUAAGAGAAAAUACAUUUCAACAUCGAAAUAAAUAAAGCAGCGCAGGCCGUGCUGCUCGUUUGCGUUUGCUGUCAUGUAGUCGAUAGUGAGAGCCGUGAUGAUGAUUAUCGCACCCGAGUUCUUAUGCUAUGUUUGCCUGAAGUUAACAAAAGGAACCUACCUCCCAGUAUCUGCUCAUGCGGUCUAAAAAUAUUGAUAUUGUUUUAUUAUAUGAAUACCACGCACACACAAACAUAUAUAUCAACAUACAACAUUUCACAUAUGUACCCCCAUACAUACCUCAUACCUUCAUGCAUACCUGCAUAUCAUAGUGUAUAUUAUGUGAGCACAUCAAGCCUGUAUCCAGGGUGGAGCAAUGGAUAUUUACACAUCCCUCAAAUCGGAAAAGGUACACAUUUUUAAGACCGUCAAGAAUGUACUGAAUAUAACGGUUUUUUUUGGUUUUCUGAACUAAAGAUUAAUAGCCAGUAAUCUAUUGUUAGGCCAGUAUUGAAGUUGCCAUAGUAAUGGCAAAACUUUAAUGGAGUGGAUGUUAAAAAAUAUUAUCCGAAUCAAUCACUUUCUGCCUCUGAAUUGACUACAUCAGUCCUUCCAGGGAAAAGAAUCUGGUACCCCUACCAGGUGCUGUUCACCCUGUCGGGGAUUCUAAACAACACCCAAUGGCAAUCUUGGAUACAGCCUUGCACAUAUAUGCACUUACACAUACAAUCUUCAAACACAAACAUGCACAGAGUACAUUUUCUUUAUGUUGUUGUUUAACACAUGUAACUGUGUUGUUUGAGCAGUAUGUAUUGGGUAGUCAGGCUACCACUAGCGACCACACAGGGCAACAUUCUUAUAAUAAGGCAUGAUUACGAGUGGACUGGUUUUUUUUUACCCAUGUAGUACAAUGAAUUCAGGCAAAUAGAUAUAUUCCCUGUUGUUUAGCAUGUGUGUAAAGUUCUUUUGGACAACCCAAAACAACUGAAAAUGACUAGUAAGUUUCAGUAAGUGCUUCCUGCCGAACAGUUGCCUUGACGACAAUUUAUUCAUUUAUUUAUUGAUUUGCUUUUGGUUUGUAAUUUAUUUUUCUUAAGGGGAUCACUUCCUGCAGAUAUGGCUGGCUUACUCUACACAGGGAUAUGAACAAUAUUUUAAACUGUUAAAGUCUAUUUUUUGUUUUACUAAGUAACCUUCGAAUAUUUUCAAAAUCUAAAUCAACUACAAUUUCAUAUCUAUGCACACAUUUAUUUCACCUAUUUUAAUAUUUGGUGGACGUGAUUUUUGGAUUAGAUAUAUAUUUAAAUAGUGAGAAUGCUUAGAUAAAAUGAUUAUCUUAUAACAUAGAGUGAAGUAUACCCCCAACUCUCCCCUCCCCCAACUCUCCUAUCCCUUCUCAUGCUCAUCAAAGCCAGACACAUCUGUAUGUUUUGUGAUCUCUUAAAGAAUACAUAGUAUAUUAUACUAACAAAUAAAGCUCUACUUAGGGUAAACUAUAUUUUCAGAGCUUUAUAAACAUUUUUUACACUUUGCUAUAUACAGAAUAAAGAAAAAAAAGACAAAAAUAAAUGACUACAUUGCUAGGCUUGUCCUCAAAUCUAACCUAUUUUGUAACUACUAAUUUAGAGAGGUGUCCAGUAAUCAUUAGGCUGGUAGAUAAUAAUAUGCGAAAGGAUGAUAUUGUUAUUUAUUGUAUUCUAAUACCCCUUCUAAUGCUUGCUAGUGAUACAAUCCAGUGUGUGAGCUUAAUAUUUUGUAGAGUAUAAUAAAUAUAUGGCUGGACAAUAUAAUCAGUUAUUGAUUGCUUAAUUGAUCAAUAAAACAUACAGUAAUUAAUAUAUAGUUAUUGGUCAGUAAUAAAUCAAAAUCAAUAACCUGUCACUGAUUAUAAAAUCAAUAAUUAAUUACUGAUUAUUAAUCAAUCAUAAUCUAUAGCCAGUUAUUGAUCAGAAUAAAUUAGUUUGUUAUUGACCAGUAAUCAUUGUAAUCAAUUAUGAGUUAUUCAACAAAAAGCUACAAAUAAUAAUUAGCUAUUUACCAGUAAUCAUUUAUGAUCAGCAAUCAUUUGCAAUCAAUAAUCAGUUAUUUAUGUUAUAAUCAGUUAUUGGUCAAUAAUUAUUUGCUACUGAUCACUUAUUGAUCAGUAAUAAAUUGUCAUUGAUAAUUUAUUGAUUAGUAAUCAAUUACAAGCAAUAAUCAGUUAUUUAUGUUAUAAUCAGUUAUUGGUCAAUAAGUAUUCACAAUUGAUCAACAAUAAGUUAUCUAUAAUUUAUUGAUCCAUGAUCAAUUACAAUCAACAUCAAUUAUCAAUAAUUAUUUAUUAACAUGCAAUUAAUUAUGCAUAUUAAUAAUUAGUUAUUGGUUGGUAAUUAUUACCGUCAGUCGUCAGUAAUUGAUCAGUGAAUAUCUUGCCUACAACUUGCAUUAGUUUUUAAUGGAAUUGAUUUAAGAUUUUUUAAAAGGUACCUACUACUACAUAAAUCAAUGUAAGAUAAUGAUUCAUAAUGGACGAAUUAUUUUUUUUUAACUUGUUUUAUAUUAUUUAAUCUAUAUUAUAUUGAGUUGUAUCGAUAUUCAUAAUCAUUUUUAUCAAAUCAAUAAAUACAAUAUUGGUUGGACAUGAAUGAAAAUACCCUUCAUAAUUCCAAAUCGUUAUCAAUAUCGAAUCCAUAGUAUUGAGUAUUUUAUGAAUUAUUAUUUUUUAGCUCUUGUAUAAUUAUUAUUAUUAUAGUUAUUGUUAUUAUUGUUAUUGAUUGUGGGUUAUUCAAGUUUGUUGACUGGCUAAAGGAGUACAGUAGAAACAAGGUUAUUAACAGUGUUUGUGUGCUUAUUCAGUUGAUUGGUAUUUGAAUUAUUAGUACUGUAUGUUCACAUUUUUAUAAAAGUUAAAAUCCAUUAGGAAUUACUGCCCAAGAGAUCCCAUAGGUUUUACAAGUCACUCAUUCCCUCAGGAACCAAGAUUUUUUUACAUCCCUCAUUUCUGUAAGGUUCGAAUUCAGAAUGUGUUUGAGACGAAAACGUCUUUAAUGGAAAACAUUAUCCACACUUUCCACGGUAACAACUGACAAACAAUGAUAGGCGUCUACGAUCUCAGAAGGAUUGUUAGCAAAUUUAUUUACAUUUAUUGAAACACUUGAUAGAGUUGUAUUUAUGUUCAAUAUUAAAUUAUCUACUGUAAAUUUAGCAGUCUAUUAGAAACCAUUGAUACACCUAGUAAACCAUCACAAUAUGCUCCAAGGCUUUGCAGAAGAGUCCGUUUAUUUGCAGUGUGGCUUGACCGACGAAAAGUUCAGCAAACAAAUGUAUGUUUAUAGUAAAUUAACAUUUGCAUCCUAUGUUGGUAUUAUUGUGCUUAGAAUCACGCUGAAAUUUGUUGAUAUUUUUCUCAUUGAUGGUGGGAUGUACACGAUAGGGAAUAGUAAAAUCAAACUAUCCUGAUAUAUUAAAAAAAAAAAUUACAGAUGUGAUGUAACUGGAUUUGCGAUUUAUAUUUGUACAUUCAUAUUCAUAUCCAAUUUUCAUAAUUUGUACAAACUGAACACAUGAUCGUGUCCCAAUUUCGAUUAUUUAAACUUGGUAGAUUAGAAUUAUGAAAAUUAAAUAGGGGAAGGAAACUAAUAGAAUAUUUAAAAAAUACAAACAUCAGCAGUAGCAACAGCUACGAUAUCACCUAAAAACAUGGGACUUUAUCCCAUACGCGCAUUUGAAGAAAAAUCAAUAAAGACAAACAAGUUAGCGAAAAA